AUGUCAGAAAAAAAGCCCCAUUUAAUAUCAUCAAAAAUCGCUUAUUUAUUAAGGAACACCUAUGACUAUAUUAAAUUGGACGGAGUAUUUAAUACGGGCAAGUCUCUUGAAAGACUGAACACAGCCAAAGUCAGUUCUUUGAAUACUAUACCCGAAUCUUGGAUAAGAUCAGAAAUACACGAUUGCAAUCGUUCUUCAGAAAGCGAAUCCGGUGACGAUCACACAUCGCGCAUUAGGAUGCCGCCAAAAAAAUUAAUUGGAACAAGAAAUAUUCAAACGUUCAUGUCGUACUUGCCUAGUAUUACAAUUUUUACAUUUGCAGGUCUUUUAUGCACCUUGUAUGUGUGCGAAUGGAAGGAAGUGCUGCAACACGUGCCCUAUUAUGGAGGCAAAUAUGGUAAAAAGGACAAAUAA